CGCCUCUCCUUCUCGCCUCACCGCCGCCGCUCGGCCCGCCAUGGAGGCCCUGCUGGCGCGCGACCUCAAGGUCUGGCAGCGCGCCUUCCGUGCCGAGGUGUGUGCGCGGCACGCGCUGUGCUGCACGGGCCCUGGCUGACAUCGUGUCUCGCAGCACGGGCGCGAGCCGUCCAAGAAGGACAUGGCGCAGCACCCCGAGAUCGCAGACACGUACAACACCUGGUCCGCCAUCCGCGCCGCCACCUCCAAGCCUGCAGCGCGCGCGUCGGCUAGCAGCACCAGCGGCAGCAAGGCCCAGCGCACGGCCCGCGCCAGCAGCAGCCGCAGCGCGGGCGAGAGCAGCCGCUCGGCGGCGUCGUCGAGCGCUCUGCCGCCGGUGACGCCGACGAAGAAGCGGCGGCCAGCAGCAGCGACGCCGCGCACGCCGGCACCGCCGGAGACACCGAAGGGCGUGGCUGCAGCAUCGGCGCGCUCGCCCUUCCGCACGCCCUCGCGGCCACGCUCCGCCGCGCGGCCAGCUGCCGGCGAGACGAGCGCUGCUGCCGCGUCGACAGCGACACCAGGACGCAAUCCCUUCGCGACGCCCUCGCGCAACCCCUGGGCCACGCCCUCGCGUGCCGUGCCGCCACGCACGCCGGGGUCCGCCGAGAGCGUGCGUUCUGUGGUCAACUACCCCGACCUGAGGCCGAGCCGCUCGCCCACCACGCCCGGCGGCGGCAGCGGCGGCUACGAGGCGGUGCGCUCGCCCGCGGCGCUGCGCAGUCUGCUCGCCUCGCGCUCGCCCGGCGGCGGCAGCAGCUCGCGGCGGCGCGUCGAGAUGGCUCGCACCGAGGCGGCGCUGCGUGUGGCAUAUACGCCGCGCACGAAGGCGCGCAAGCGCCUGCGCGGUGACGAGGUGCCGCCAACACCAGCACGCGCUCCUAAGCGUGGGCGCGGCUCGGAGACGCUCGGCGUACCUUCAGGUCCUCUGGUGAACGAGGCUGGCGGCAGCUGGGCGCGUACGGCCAGCGGCAGCCAGAGCCUCAGCCAGCAGCCUGCGUCGCCGCAGGACGAAGAGAUGUUCGGCCCGUCGCCCGUCAAGCGCGGCCCGAAGGCAUACGUGCCGCUGCUGCCUUCGCGACCGUCGGCGGCAGUCGCGAUGGAAGAGGAUAGCGACAGCGAAGAUGACGACGAUGAGAGCGGCGAUCUGGUCGCGGGCCCGUUGAGCAGCACAUUGCGCUCCGAGGCUCGUGCUCCAGGCGAGGCAGGUGCUGCGCCGCUGCAGGACGAGCGGCUUGCCACGCCGCCACGCCGCGAGCGCAUCAAGCCUAGGGCCGAGCGGCAGCGUGUCGAGCUCGACGAUGAUGACGAUGAAGAGGCAGAGGUGCAGGAGCUCAUCAUCCGCCCAUACCAGCGCUACGGCGCCGUGCGAGCCGGCCUGCAAGGCGAGGCCUCCGACGACUCAAGCUCCGACUCAGAUGGCGGCGCGGCUUUCUCGCAUCUCCGCGCAGGUGAGCGGCGACGGCGACGGCACGGCCUUGCCACCGCCACGCCUCCGCCGCCCGACUCUCCAGCGGACAUCUCGACGCAGCAGAACAGCGACGCGCCCGGGCUGGAACGUCUCACGCUGGCGUCGCCGCAGACGAAGCAUGCACGGGCAUACGUGCGCGCACGCGAGGCCGAGGCGCUGGAGCAUCUGCUGGGCGGCGGCGCCGAAACGCUGGAGCUCGAGGCGGAGCAGGCGCCCGUCGAGCCCGAGGGCGGCAGCAAGAAGGCCAAGAGCUGGGGCGAGGCAAAGGCGCGCGAGCAGGUCAGCAAGGGCAAGGGUCGCAAGAAGCGCUACGACGCCUCGCCGCCGCCCGAGCGCAGCGCAGCGCAACAGCGUGCCGCCCUUGAGGCGCAGGCCGCCGCUGAUGCGCCGACGAAGCUGAGCCGCGCGGGCCGCGCUGGUGUCGGCGAUGCGGAGCAGACGGUGCGCCGCAAGCGCGUCGUCUAUGCCCAGCGCGUCGAGCUCGACUCGGACGAGGAAGACGAGGAGUCGCGGCUGCAGGCGCCGGACGAGGAUGGCGAAGAUGAGGACUGGGCCAGCGAAGUGAGCUCCACAGAGUUCGGCCUGGGCGAUGGAGAGAUGGAGGAGACGGACAUCAUCUGAGCCGGCGGUCGUCCGCGCUACGGCGGCCGCGGCUCGUGUAUCUUUAUAGUCGGCAGAUCUGCGUCACCCCCAACAACAUACCCCCGGCUCCCGGCGGCCAAUCUAUGCAUUAGCCAGCGUGUGCGGAAGCUCAUCUACUUUUGCGUAGGUGCCGAGCCUGCCUCUGCCGCGCCCUCGGCCUCGUCCUUGCUGGCAGCCCACGCUGCCCGCUCCUCCUCCCGUUGCUUCUCCUCCUCCUGCAGCAGCGCCUUGUCCUUGAACGCAUCGGCGCGCGGGAAGCGCUCAUGUGCGGCCUUGACGAACUCGGCUCGAGCGGCAUCGUCGGCACCAAACGACGGGAGCAGGCCGAGCGCCUCGACGAGCGUCGGCAGCUCGAGCUGCGUCUCGGCCCGCGGCAGCUGCUGCAGCAUGGCCAGUGCGUCGGCACGCCCGGCAUCGCCGC